ACUUUUCCCCCCCCUUAUUUUUUUAAACAUUAAAAUCAUCAUUAUUUCCGCACGGAGAGUGAGUUGAUCGUGUCAAGAUGUCGGCCCAGGCUCAGAUGAGAGCUUUGCUGGACCAGUUGAUGGGAACGUCGAGGGAUGGUUUCAGUGUAUCUUUGCCAGCCUACAUCUGCAAGGGAGUUGCAGAAAAGCCUCAUGUUCAUCGAGCCGAGAUGAAUCGAGACAGAGAGUUAAGUUCACAGACGAACGCGUCUGCAAAUCACACCUGCUCAACUGCUGCCCGAAUGACAUCCUCUCUGGAACGCGCAUGGACCUUGGAGAUUGCUCUAAGAUCCACGACCUGGCGCUGAGAGCCGACUAUGAGAUCGCCUCUAAAGAGACAGACCUGUUCUUUGAACUGGAUGCGGUGGAUCACCUGGAAUCGUUUAUUGCUGACUGCGACCGCAGGACCGAGUUGGCCAAGAAACGUCUCGCUGAGACGCAGGAAGAGAUCAGCGCUGAGGUUGCCCAGAAGGCAGAAAAAGUUCACGAGUUAAACGAGGAGAUCGGGAAACUCCUGGCAAAGGCUGAACAGCUCGGUGCUGAGGGAAAUGUGGACGAAGCCCAGAAAAUUCUACAGGAGGUUGAAAAAGUCCGAAUUAGAAAGAAGGACGCAGAGGAGGAGUACAGGAACUCUAUGCCUGCCUCCAGUUUCCAGCAGCAGAAGUUGCGCGUCUGUGAGGUGUGCUCCGCCUACCUGGGUCUCCAUGACAACGACCGGCGCCUUGCCGACCACUUCGGUGGCAAACUUCACCUGGGCUUCAUUCAGAUCAGAGAGAAGUUGGAGCAGCUGAAGAAAACCGUACAAGAAAAACAGGAGAAGCGAAACCAGGAGCGACUGAAAAGGAGAGAAGAGAGGGAGAAAGAGGAGAAAAUGAAGAAGCAGACGAGAUCACGCAGCCGAGAGCGCAAGAGUUCUCGUGACCGUGAACGCGAGCGCAGGGGCAAACGUUCCCGCUCUGCCUCACGUGAGAAGAGGCGUUCUCGCUCUAAAGAGCGCGAUAGACGCCGACGGCACCGAUCCCGCUCCAGAUCCCGCUCACGGCACAGCCGAGAACAGUCACACAAAUCUUCACGGGACCGUGAUCGCGAGCGUGACCGCAAGCACGGUUCAUCUGAGCGGAGAUCAGAUGGGCUGAAUGGGAGGACAGAAUCUCGCCGCCAUGACGACAGAGAGGCUGGAGAAAUCUGAAUCAUCUCACUCCACAUAACGUUCACAUACAUAAUGCACACUUUUAUAUUUAUCGCAUUGAGCUUCGUAUGUGGUAAACUGCCCAUUCCCUGUUUCAUCAAAGACUUUGUCUUUAAUAUAAAAACUGAACAAAACCUGUUUUAGCCAGUGUCCAUCAAAAGAGAGAGAGAGUAGAGUGUGUGUGUGUGUGUGUGCGCUAUUUUUAGGUAUUGUUUUUUUUGUUUGUACUGAGUGGAUGUGUGCAUGUUGAAGGAAGCUCAUUCUAUUUAAAAGCUGUUCUGAGCUCAGUUUUAAUGCCCCUUUAAAUAUAGCUGCAGUAUUCCCCAUAGAAAGAGGCUGAGUCCAUUCACUCUCUUUAUAUCUGUAGCAGUGGAGUAGACAUUUAAUAAAUCUGAAGAAAUCCUUUACUGCAUAUUGUUUCAGAUUUACAAUGUACACAAACUUUUGUAAUGCAGUUCUGAUUCAUGUUGUCCUCUUGCAUUAAAUGGUUUUAUGAAUUGAAGUGGUAUUUGAAUGGUCAUUACUGAGGGCUAUUAUCUAAUUGUUGAACUCUGGAGGUGUCGUCACUUUUACUGUUUUGUCCUUUUUUUAUGAAUAAACAAGCAAAAU